AUGGCCGUGGCUCUUCUUCUCGCGCCGCCGCUCACCGCCUGCUACACGCCGCCCGGGCUGCUCGAGGGCCUUGUCGCGCAGAAGCGCAGAGAGGUGGAGAGGCUGCGGCGGAUGCCCGAGGCGCGGGAGGACGGUUCGUGGGCCUUGCGGCUCGGCUACCCCACCUCUGACACGUCUUUCGCGCUGACGCGCGCGAUCGGCUGGAAGCGCGAGCGGCCCGCCGUGCUGGCCGACCUCAAGCGGAUGUCGCCCGGCGCCAAGCUCGGGCAGACGGACGUGGUCUGCGAGGUUCUCGAUGCCGCCAUCGCGAUAGACGACGCGAUCGACGCCAACCUGGCCGGCGCGCUGGUCGCGAUCGACCGGACGAGCUACGGCGGCAGCGCCGAGGACCUGAUCGCGGCGCGCCGGCGUGCCGACGAGGCUGCGCGCAAGGGGCUACCGACGCUGCCUCUCGUAGCCAAGGACUUGGUCAUCGACCCGCUGCAGGUUGCCCGCGCCGCCUCCCUCGGCGCCGACGCCGUGCUCCUCGUCGCCGGCGCGUGCGUGGACGACUUUUCGCUGCUGCUCGACACGUGCACGCUGCUCGGCGUCGAGGCUCUGGUCGAGGUUCACACGCCCGAGGAGGUCGAGCUCGCGGCGGAGUGCGGCGCGGGCCUCUUCUUGGUGACGGAGCGCGACCGCGCCACCGGCCGCGCGCGGCGGAUGGCGCCGCUGCUGCCGCCCGACGCGAUCAGCCUCGCCACGGGAGGCGUUGCCAGCAUCGACCAGGCACCGUUCGGGAGCUGCACGCCGCGGGCUACGACGGAGUGGUCCUCGGCCGCUCGCGCCUCUGGCAGGAGGCUGGUCGAGGAGGUGCGGGCAGAGGAGCCGCGCCUCCGCCUGGUCGAGCCGAUCACGGGCGCGGGGGAGGGGGCCAGGGCCCGGCUGAGGUCUCGUGAGUCGUGUUCACACUGUUUCAGCGGAGAGCGGAGACCGGCCGUCUCCCUCUUUCUCUCUGCGCGAAAUAUCUACGCGUAG